ACACCAGACGUCUGUUUCAGAUUCUCAGACUUUAAAGAAAACGAUAGAAUGCGACACACCCAUCUCUAUUUCUUUUGAUUUUCAGUUCAUUUUCAGCACAAUCCACCUUCUUACAAGAAGGAAAAAGUGUGUUUUUCUUUCUGGGUUUUGUCAAAUUUCCUUACUUAGAUCUGUAAAGGAGGAUUCCGAUGCUAAUAAUGGACAGAUUCAAGGAAAAUUAAUGUCAAGCUUCGAUCUAAAGCUUGAAGACGACAAUGGUGAUCUUUCUGGCGAUUAUCUAUUUACUUUUUGGAGGUGCAAUCGGAGAAACUGAAAAGAACACAUUUUUAAUCAAUUGCGGCACAAAUGGAAGCUCCAUUAUUGAUGGUAGAAAAUGGGUAGGAGACAUUGAACCAAACAACAAUGUCACUCUCAGCAGUUCUUCUGUUUUAUUGGUGUCUAAUUCUUCCUCCUCUUUCAAUGAAGAUUCUUCAUUAUAUUCAACAGCCCGUUUAUUUACAGAUAACCUAAACUACACUUUCAGAGGAUUUCAAGGAAAUUACUUCCUUAGAUUACAUUUCCACCCCAUCUCUUCCCCUAACUACGACGAUAAAAGAUCAUUCUUUUCCGUGGAAGCGAACGGAGUCAAGCUACUGUCGAAAUUCAACGUCGCCGGAGAAAUUCAACUCAGAAAAUCAUCUCCCCUGUUCUUGAUUCAGGAAUAUUUCCUUAAAAAUGAUCUUGAAUCUUUAGUGAUUGGUUUUGUUCCUGAUAAAGGCUUGUUUGGAUACGUGAACGCCAUCGAAAUUGUACCGGUUGUCGACGAUGAUUCUCUGUUUAAUAAACGGGUCGGGAUUCAAACGAUGUACAGAUUAAACGUGGGUGGGAUGGAUAUCAAACCGGGUCUUGACGAGCUAUUUAGAUCUUGGGAAGUCGACAGCGGUUACAUGCUUUCUUCAGAAGCCGGGUUUGAAAUCGAAAACAAAUCUUUCGUCGGGUAUGGGUCUGUUAACGAUACGAUAAUGGCUCCGAUUUCGGUUUACGAAACCGCCCGAACUUCGACUAACGCUCAAGUUCUCGAGAAGAGAUUCAACAUGUCUUGGGAAUUCGUGGUUGACCCGGGUUUCGAUUAUUUAGUCCGAUUGCAUUUUUGCGAGCUGGAAUUUGAUCGCGAAAACCAAAGAAAAUUCAGAAUUUACGUUAACAAUAAGACCGUUGCCGAUAAUUUCGAUGUUUUUAAACUUGCCGGAGGAAAGAACCGGGCUUUUCAUCAAGAUUUUGUUGAUUCUGUGUCGGAUAUGAUCGACACGAUCUGGGUUCAGCUCGGCCCGACUGUAGCUCUCGGAUCUUCAGAAAGCGAUGCUUUAUUAAACGGGCUUGAAAUCUUCAAGCUGGGUCGAAACGGCGAUCUUACCCGUUUGGAGAAAUACAAUCGUCCUCGCAAAACUAAACAAACAAAAAAUCUCAUCCUUUGGGUUGGAAUCGGGGCGGGUCUGGCCACUAUUCUUGUUAUCGGGUGUCUGCUCACGUUGAUAAUUCGUCUAUGCAAAACGCGAAAAAAUAAACCAAGAGGACUCGGGUCGGUGUCCAUAUCCGGAGUGAGUAGGAAUUUUACUCUAGCUGAAAUUAAAGCCGCAACGAAUAAUUUCGAUGAAAAACUUAUCCUUGGAGUGGGCGGAUUCGGAAAAGUAUAUAAAGGCGAGAUCGAGGAAGGAUUUACUGUCGCGAUUAAACGGGCCAACCCGCAAUCCGAACAGGGGCUAAAAGAGUUCCAAACCGAGAUCCAGAUGCUAUCCCGGUUACGACACAAACAUCUUGUUUCCAUGGUGGGUAUUUGCGAAGAAGGUAACGAAAUGAUAUUGGUUUAUGGGUAUAUGUCAAAUGGAACAUUAAGAGACCAUCUUUUAGGACAAAACAACGUAAAUAAUCCAUUGAAUUGGAAACAACGAUUGGAAAUAUGUAUUGGGGCAGCCCGAGGGCUUCAUUACCUUCACACGGGGUCUGACCGGGGCAUCAUUCAUCGCGAUGUUAAAUCGACAAAUAUAUUGUUAGACGAGAAUUUGGUAGCGAAAAUGGCUGAUUUCGGGUUGUCGAAAAGUGGACCUUCUUUGGACCAUACACACGUGAGCACGGCUGUUAAAGGAAGCUUGGGUUAUCUUGACCCGGAAUACUUUAGGCGACAACAAUUGACCGAGAAGUCGGAUGUUUAUUCGCUUGGUGUUGUUUUGUUGGAGGUUGUUUGUGCUAGACCGGUUAUAUAUCCUUCUUUACCUAAAGAUGAGAUAAAUUUGGUCGAGUGGGCUAUGAAAUGGCAAAGGGAGAAAAAACUUGAAACUAUAAUUGACCCGUAUUUGAAAGGACAAAUCUGCCCCGAAUCGUUGGAAAAGUUUGGGGAGAUUGUCGAGAAAUGUCUUUGCGACGAAGGAAAGAUUCGACCAACAAUGGGGGAAGUUCUUUGGCAUUUGGAAUGCGUUUUGCAGAUUCAUCAAGCUUGGAUAUGUGAAACAAAUGGAGAAGAAACAAUGGAUUCAAAUAAUCUUGUAUUGUAAUUUGUAAUUAGUGUUUGUGAUCCCUAAAGGUUUGUUGUAAUUCAUAAUAAUCUUGAGUGUUUAAUUCAAAUUGUAAUUUCAUGAAUAAUUAUUACUAUCAUC